AUGAGUGACAGCAGUGAUUCAGUAAAAACAGUCAGUUCCCAACCGGAUGCCAAAAUCACCACGCGGCAUACUCGAAAGAUGCGCGUUUCCACGGACCGUCAGGACAAUAGUGUGCGAAAAAUAAAAAUUAAAGUUCCCCCUUUCUCUCCUGAUGAUCCGGAAUUGUGGUUCGCUUUGUUGGAAGGUCAGUUCGAAAGUGACAACAUUACGGAUGACCAUAUAAAAUUCCGAAACGUCACGAACAACUUAGAUCUCCAAUAUGGAAAGUCAGUAAAGGAUAUCAUAAUCAAUCCUCCGGCGAAAAACAGAUACGAAAAAAUUAAGACCGAAUUAAUCAAGCGCCUUUCUGCUUCACACGAAAAAAAGGUGAAACAGUUACUCACGCAUGAAGAGCUCGGCGAUAGGAAGCCGUCACAAUUCCUUCGCCACCUUCAAGACUUGGCUGGACCCUCUGUACCUGACGAUUUCCUGAAAUCUAUAUGGAGCAACCGCCUCCCACAUAACAUGCAAACGGUGCUAGCUGUUAUUAUUUUAUAA